AUGAGACAACUGAUAUGGAUAGGCAAAUCAAGAGAUAAAGCUUCUAAGGACCUAACAGCAAUAAAACAAAUGAAAGAUGAAACAGGAAUAAUUCUGCAUGACCAUGGAAAAAUAAUCCAAAGGUGGUUGAAACAUUUUGAGAAAUUGCUGAAUGAAGAAAAUGUAAGAGUGAAAACUGAGGGAGGAGGGGCAAACAAAGGAUUAACGAUGGAUAUAAGUAGAGAUGAAGUCGAACAGACAGUUGAAAAGAUGAAAAAUGGGAAGGCAGUUGGCCCUGGCCAGAUCCCCGUUGAGGUAUGGAAGUGUCUCGGUAAAAAGGGAAUUGAGCUCCUUUGGGAUUUAAUGAAGAAGAUUUGGCGACAGGAGGAGAUGCCAGAUGAGUGGAGAACUAGUGUACUGAUCCCAAUAUUUAAGGGAUAA